AUGUUAAAUUUAUUAUAUACACUUGUUUUUUAUUUAGUAUAUCUUAUAUUGUUUUUGAUUAAUUUUUAUAGAUUAAUCAAUUUAAAUCAAAGAUAUAAAUCAUAUGUCAUUACUAUUCCAUAUAAAAGAAAUGGUGAUAUAUUAAUCACAAAACGAUUGGUUAAGACGUAUAAUAAUUUAUAUUGUCCACCAGGCGGUAAAGUUGAAUAUAAUGAAGAAUUUGAAAAAACUGCUGAAAGAGAAUUAUUCGAAGAAACAGGAAUAUUAGUAAUCAACAAACUCGAAUUAAUAAUGAUUAACAAAACAACAAAAUAUCAAGUUUAUAUUUAUAAAACACUAGUUGAUAAUUUAGUUAAUGUUAUUAAUAAAGAACCCGAAAAACAUGAAAAUUGGUUUUGGACAAAUGAAUUUUAUAGAUAUCCAUUAACACCAACCAUGAAUGUUUUAAAGAAUGAAAUACUAAAAAAUAUUCGACCAAGAUAUAUAGUUUUGUCUGGACCUACAGGUGUUGGAAAAAUGAGUUUGAUUGAAAUGUUACGACAAAAAAUUAAACAAGAUGGAUUUUCUGUAAAAAUUUGUAUUGAAUCUAUAUUAAAAGGAAAUGAAUAUUUGUUAGAAUAUAAAGAAAAAGAUAUCCAAAAAUUUGAAUAUGCGUUAUUAAGCAUUUAUCAUAAAUGCAGAAUUGAAAUAGAAAAUUCAAAAGAAGAUUUUGUAAUAGUCGAUCGUGAAGUUUUUGAUGGUGAUAUUUAUAAAGAGAAAUAUGGAUUUGAAUUAGAUAUUAUAGAAAAAGAACAUAUUGAAUUCAAAAAAUCCAUGUUAGUUUUUGUAGUAUUAUGUUCCGAUAAAAAUUUUGAAAGAAAUUAUUAUAAAAGAAAAGAAGAAGAUCGAAAAUAUACUCUUAAUGAAAGUAAAAAAAUUCUUAAAUUAUAUAAAGAAAAGUUUAAAAGUAAUGUUUGUGAUGAUGCGAUAGUUAUUAAUAAUGAUAGUACUAUAGAAGAUAGUGUUGAUGAUAUUAAGAAAUAUAUUAAUCCAUUUUUAGUUAAUUUAUAA